UCCUUAAGCUAUUUAUAAUUACAUUAUAUUUCCAUAAACAUUUUAUUUGACGCAAGAUAAUUCGACGUUCUUACGUUGUACGACUAUUUAUGGAUUUACGAAUUACACAAGAGUGAGCUUGGAUAGACAAAUAACGCUAAAAAUAACAUCUGCAAUGGAAGUGGAACCAUUUAUUGCUAAUGGAGUUCGUAUAGACUCCAGUUGGAUUGAGCAAAUCAUUUUGCUUCUGGUGGAUGAGUUUGAUAUAUGUAUAGCAUGGGACAUUGAUGCAGCAGUAUUGACAGGAGCAUUUGCCUUAGUGGGGGGUGUGUUGGGGGGGUACGCUGGGGGCAGAGUAGGUGCUGCCAUCGGAGCUGGUGUUGGAGGCGUCUCGGGAUAUGCUACUAGUAGACUUGUCUCACUGAGAGAUGUAUGGGAUUCUAUUAAAAGAAAUUUAAAUGAGCUGUUUUAUAUUAUUUUGAAUUUCUUGGCUAGACUGUCACCUGAUGACUAUAAGUGGGCAUUUGAGAUGUUGAUGUCAUGUGCAGCUAGCCGACGUGAGCUGGUCAUGAAGAUUAUAGACUUUAUUGCACAGAAGCUAGGUCGGGAAGUCAUUUCUCGGAUUACAGCUGCACAAUCAGUGCCCAUUAAUGGGUAUUGAGUAUCAUAUAUUGUUUGAAUGUUUUAGACAAUCUUUUGUAUUGCUCAAAUAGAGGCUAGGAUAAUAUAAAUAUGUAUUUUUGACAAUGUAAUUUACAUCAAUGUAUUUUUUAACGAAAUUGUUUUAACACAUUCAA